CAAUAAAGUGAGCGGAAACCAAAAAUCAAUUCUUCCUCGGUGCCGAACGCCGAACGGCAGCGCAGCCUAAAGCCCGAACCAGCUCGCACCGCGUCCACACCUGCCCCACCCAAGCGCGCUCCCCCUCUCCCGCGCCCUCUCGCCUCCCCGCCCGGACGCGCUGCCGCCUCUCCUGCGGGGAGGUGAAGGCGUCGGAGGGUCCGCCCCAUGGCGAGCGGCGGCGGGGACGACGACGCGGGCGUGAAGCGCGUGGCGGACCGCUACCUGAAGCGCGAGGUCCUCGGCGAGGGCACGUACGGCGUUGUCUUCAAGGCCACCGACACCAAGACUGGGAACACAGUCGCGAUCAAGAAAAUUAGGCUAGGGAAGUACAAGGAAGGUGUGAACUUCACGGCAUUGAGGGAAAUUAAGCUGCUCAAGGAACUGAAAGAUCCUAAUAUUAUAGAGCUAAUUGAUUGUUUCCCUUACAAGGGAAACUUGCACCUUGUAUUUGAGUUUAUGGAGACUGACUUGGAAGCUGUCAUACGAGAUAGGAACAUUGUAUUAUCUCCAGCUGACACAAAAUCAUACGUUCAGGUGAUGUUGAAAGGUCUAGCUUUCUGCCAUAAGAAAUGGGUGCUACACAGGGAUAUGAAACCAAAUAAUUUACUCAUCGGAAUUGAUGGGCAGCUCAAGCUUGCUGACUUUGGUCUGGCACGCAUAUUCGGGAGUCCAGGAAGGAACUUCACUCACCAGGUCUUUGCCCGAUGGUACAGAGCACCCGAAUUAUUAUUUGGCUCGAAGCAGUAUGGAUCUGCAGUAGAUAUUUGGGCUGCUGGAUGUAUUUUUGCUGAACUGCUUCUUCGACGACCCUUUCUCCAGGGCACUAGCGACAUUGAUCAACUUGGGAAGAUAUUUGCGGCAUUUGGCACUCCAAAGUCUUCUCAAUGGCCAGACAUGGUUUAUCUUCCAGAUUAUGUUGAGUAUCAAUUUGUCGCUGCACCCUCUCUUCGUUCAUUGUUUCCGAUGGCCAGCGAUGAUGCUUUGGAUCUUCUGUCAAAAAUGUUUACAUAUGACCCGAAAGCAAGAAUCACUGCUCAGCAAGCUCUAGAACACAGGUACUUUUCAUCAGUACCAGCUCCAACAAAACCGUCACAGCUUCCAAGGCCACCGCCGAAGGGAGAUUCAGGGAAUAACAAGAUACCAGACCUGAACCUGCAGGAAGGUCCUGUGGUGCUAUCCCCGCCAAGAAAGUUACGCAGGGUGACAGUGCAUGAUGGGAUGGAAGGUAAUAUGCACCGGGCAGAUAAAUGGGAAGAGCAUCCUUCCGGGGCUAGGCACAAUGAUGACAUGUCCAGUCAAAGUGCUAGAAUACCAAUGUCGGUUGAUGUUGGAGCUGUGUUUGGCACACGACCAGCUCCUAGACCAACGUUAAACAGCGCUGAUAAGUCUCGUUUAAAACGGAAACUUGAUAUGGAUCCAGAAUUUGGAUACGCAGAGUAAAAGAAACAAGUUUACAUGCUCCAUUCUUUUCUUACUGGCAUGUUGAUUUCUAAACUAUUCUUUGGGAGACAGUUCCACUAUUUACCAGCAAAAGAGUAUUGGGUUGGAAGUCAUAAACUGCUCCGAAGGAUGCUAACACAGUCGACUGAGCUGUUAUCGGUUAACUGCACAGCCGUCUCGUGAAGGGGAUAUGAUGCCAAUUUACACUGAGUCGUGCACAGGCCAUUAUACCUAGCCGAAUUCCACAAGGAAGGCUCCCAAACCUGUAUGCUUUUAUGGGGUGCAUGAGCUGGGGAUGUGUGAUUUAUGAGAUACAUGAGUUUGCUCCUGUUAGAAUGUAUGUGUUUGCAAGGAUUGCCGGAGUAUUUGGUCCCCAAUUCUCUGUGGUUUCGAUUCCGAUUUUUUUCGUUGUGUGGACACUGAGCUUUGAGCAUUUUUCAGUCGGACGUCUUAGGUACAGUGAAUUUUGUUGUAACUAAGAUCAGCUUAUAUUGUUUGACAUGUCUUCCUGUGAGAUGAUAAAGCAAUGCAUGACGAAAAAGGGAAAAAUAAAAAUAUUUUUGAUUUUCUGUCC